AUGCAGAACGAGUGGUUAGACAUAGGAGAUUUUUGCAUCCCAUUAGCAUUAAAAUGGCGCACUUUAAUUUAUGAUUGGUCGCCAGCAUUGCUAAAAUUCUAUCUCAAUGCGUUCCAGAUGACUCUCCCAGAUCAGAGUAAUUUAGUAAGAUGGGGUAAAAGUGCCGAAAAAACUUUCUAUAUCUGUGGAAAGGCAGUUGGAACUGCUAAACAUCUGCUGGUGGGAUGUAAGGUACUCCUGGACAGCGGUCAAUACUCGCGUCGUCACGAUAGGGUUCUAGAAGUCAUUCGUUUUAUGAGAGAAGGCACUAGGGCUACAAAAUCAAACGUCAAGCCUUACUCCAUCCUUAAAGCGGCGUCGGAUUGGACUAUAAUGAUGGACACGUAUGAAAAACAAUAUAAAAUCCCCGAGGAUAUUUGUGCGUCGGCCUCCAGACCGGAUAUAUUUUUGUUUUCGCGAAUUUUAAAGCGCGUAGUGAUGAUAGAGCUUACGGUCCCUUGA